AUGCGAACUAUAGAGUACGUCCUGGCAGCCAUCCCUGGUCAGCGGCAACCUUCCCUCCGGAAAGAGCGCACCUUCCACCGGCGCUUAGCCUUGGACGAUGUUCCAGACCAUCACUUGCGUUACUACAGGUUCCCGAGGGAACAUAUUCGGGCCCUUUGUACGACACUAGAGCCUCGACUGCAGCGGCCUACGGCGCGGUCUCACGCCUUACCGGUGGAUGUGCAAGUGCUGCUCGCUUUGCGCUUUUACGCAAGCGGCAGUUUUCAGUUUAUCGUAGGGGACACGGUUGCCGUGAGCCAAUCGAGUGCGUCGCGCAUUGUGGCACAAGUAACUGACGCCCUGUGCUCGCUGGCUGCGGAAUACAUACGCUUCCCGACGACAAUUAGGGCUGCUAUUGCUACGGCCAUCGCCUUUUCGCAGAUAGCUGGGUUCCCCAAGGUCCUAGGUUGCAUUGAUGCACUCGUGCAAAUCAAGCCUCCUAAGGGCCAGGAACACUUGUACAGGAACCGAAAAGGCCUGUACACAAUCAAUGUACAAGCGAUCUGCGAUGCUGAGGGUGUCAUUACCCAGCUGGUAUUGAAAUGGCCCGGCAGCACCCACGACAGCUUCAUCUGGCCAUGGCUGCUCACCCCUGUAAGGUCUCCGGUUGGCCCUGCCGAGGAGCAGUACUACAACUCAGCCCACACUCGGAUGAGGCAAGUCAUUGAGAGGACCUGCGGGGUUCUCAAGGGACGCUUCAGGUGCCUGCACCAGUCCGGGGGUGCUCUACAGUACAGUAUGCUGAUGUGCACCAAAAUACUGGUGGCAAGCACUAUGCUGCACAACAUGUUUGUCCGACAUGGCAUUGACUUCAGCUUUACUGAUGGCACACCACUGUGA